UAUUUAGUGUAGUGCAAGCAUUAGGGGCGAACUCGUUGGAAAUGGGGCGAUGUGUAUGAGUGUAAACCGUACCCCUCGGCCUACCACACUUUUGCUUUUUUCCGAACGCGUUUGCCUUUGUCGUGGAAGUUGGGGUCUAGUAACCAACGAGCGCGCAUUGUGAAACAUUAACAGCGCGAUCGUAGGGCCAGGGUGAGCUAAGGGUUAUGACUCAGAUCAGAGAUAGCAUGGAGGCAGAGGAAUCAGUUGAGAGAAAUGGACAUGACGGUACGUCAGGAGUUAGAUGAUUUAGUGGUCAACUACAGUGACACUCUUGACAAGAUUACAGAAGUGAGGCAGAGAAUGCAUAGUACACUCCAACAGGGAUUUUACCACUUGUCAAAAGCUCGUAUUUCCAUGGGAAAAGAACAAGUCGGAACAUUGCAAUUUGAUAACAGAGGAAUGAAAGCACUAGCAUAUGUCAAGAUGAGUGAAGAUGAAGAUGAAAAAGUCUGCAGCUUUCUGCUGGAGCAUCGACAGCUGUCACAAGUGUCAAAGGCAAAGUUAGUGAAAAGUUACAGCAGUUCCGUGGACGUUCGAGAUCCUCCAGUAUUAAAGGAUAAGGAUGUGGACAGUGGACAGCCACCCAUAAACCCACUGCAGUGGUUUGGAGUCUUGGUUUCACCAAACUUGAAGCAAUGUCAACUGAAUUUUAUCAAUGUUGUUCAAGACUGUUCACAUCUCGCAAGUCUACAGAAGAAAGUUCUCUUCAUAAGACAUAAGUACAUCAGUUUACUGCAGAUGAUGCAACAGGAUGGUUCAAGCAGUACGUAACUGGAUUUUAUUUUAAACUCAAUUUGAAUUCAGCUCUUCUUUGCAGUUACUCUCAAAGCGUUGCUCAAUUUGACUCUUGUACACUAUCGUUGAGAAUGCACGUUUUUUGUGUCGUUUCAAAAUCUCUUGGUUUGUCAUCACAAGGUCUUUCCAUGGCCGUCUAUAGUUAACUUACACGUCUAUGUUACUUUUGUAAAAAUCGUAAAUUAGUCCAGCAUACAAAAUUGAGUUUUUGGAGUUUGAUGAUUUGGUGAGCAACUCUUAUCUUGGAUUUUUUUUUGUACAUUCCGGUCUCGAAAUUGCGGCAUACGUAUAGUUAAAUACAGACUUGGGACUGAACCCUGACCCCCACCCACAGACAUUUCGGCGGUACUACUAAAUUUGCAAAAGUCAGAUUAAUUGUUUUGUAUUACUUGUCAAAUAAUCAAGGGUAAAAAAAAGAAUUUUAUAUGUUUUCGUCAAGAAUGACCCCGUCAAACUGUAUAAACUGCUGAUUUUAUUCUAAAUGGUCCGUGCAUGAACAUACAUGUAAACUGGCAUCGUUUCGGCCUAAUUGUGUUUCGAUGACGUGUAGAAAAUAAACAUUGUUGUAUACAUUAAUGUCUAAGAUGCAUAAACCUAAAAUCGUACACUUAGCUGGGCAAAAUAAUUGUGAGAUUUGUUCCCAAAUGAAGGAGUGCGAGACGGAGGUGGAGAGAAACGUAAUUUGCGUGACAUACGUGUGAGAGUGCACUCGUGUUCAGGUGCAGUGCCAUCAAGAUGGGGAAUAACGCGGUCAGCGUAGAGUACCUGGACCUGAAUCUAGUCUACCGGGCUUAUUUUUAGUUUAUUUUCGUUAAUCAUUACUCACGUGCCGUUACUUUCUGAAACGCCAUAGAAACGUAAUAAAUAAGACACUGAUUACUUACUUCUUGAAACUGAAAGAGGUGUGUGAAAGAACCUGUACACCUCUUCCCCAUAGUGCCCAUGUGUAAUUAGAUGUCCUGGAAUAUGUACUAUUGAGUUCCAGGCUGUACAGGUCACCAUCUUGUUAUCCAUGCUGUCUUUGAGACACUGCUGAUUUGUCACCCACCAAGUGUAAUCUGAGUAAUUCAGUUUGUUUGGACCUCAAGAAACCUCCCUAUUUCUCUACGAAACCUCGUCCUUUUUAUUAUGAAGCACUUUGGAAGAGGUAUUUAAAUUAACUGUCCAUAUUUACGGAAAUUUCAUCACAUCUUUGAGAAGAUCAUCAUUCCAUGUCCACUGACUGUAUACUUACAUAUAAGACCAAAAAUCAAGCGCUGUUUGUUAUGCCAUAGUGUUUAUGCAGAAACAGUUUGUGUGUAAAUUGAGGUCCUAUACAAAUUUGAGUGAACGAUAUAACAGUUUGACGUGUUUGAUUUGAAAGUAUACAUGUACAUUACUGAAGAACACUAAAAAUGCUAAAUAGAUAAUGAAAUUGAAUGCAUGCUUUUGACUUGUAAAUGUCUGUGAAUGUUCAUUGUGUUAAGUUGAAUGACUUUGGCCUGAAUUUAGCUGGGAAACCUGUAUUUAAGUGAUGUAUACAUUGUGAGCAUAUUUAGCCUGUGGGAUGCAAACACGAUGUGUUAAAUAAUUAUUACAAAAACGGCUGUGAGCAAACCUAAGCAGCCUGCUCCUCUAACAAAAAAAAUUAAAGAGAGUAGACUUAAAUGAAAAAAUGUGUUUCUCACGGAAUUCUUGCAUUUUGUGUUUCUCUUUUAUGCAUGUAUGAUAAUUUUUCAGAAAAAACUUGAUGGCCGUGUAAUCGCAUGUAGUUUGAGCAAAAUGCCUUGAAAACGGACCUAUUUUAUCUGUCAGGAGUCAAGGGAAGGAGAUUAAAGUAAUUGCUAAAAACAACGAAAAUUA